AUGAAGAAAGACAAGAUGGAAAUGCGGUCCACAGCCAAACCCCAACAAAAUGGAAAUUCAGGGGAGAUUCAAAAUGAUGUAGAGGAAGGGGAGAAGAAAAAGAAGGAAAAGCCUCAAAAGAUGCCCAUGGUCAGCCCCAUCAGGGUGUUUAGGUUUGCAGACCGCUGGGACGUUUUAAUGAUUGCUGUUGGGACGCUGAUGGCCAUGGCAAACGGCGUAGUGCUUCCACUCAUGUGUAUUGUCUUCGGGGACAUGACGGACAGCUUUAUAUCAAAUGCUGCCAUAGGCCUCGGGAACGCAUCCUUCCCCAAUGUUACACAAAUAAACAACACCUUAGAGGAGGAUAUGACAGGCUAUGCCAUCCAAUUUUCCAUCUUGGGAGCUGUGGUAGUGGUUGCAGCCUACUUGCAGGUGUCCCUCUGGACUCUGGCAGCUGGGCGGCAGGUGAAACGCAUCCGCAGCCUGUUUUUCCACCAAAUCAUGCGGCAAGACAUAGGCUGGUUUGACAUCAAUGAGACCGGAGAGCUCAACACGCGCCUCACAGAUGACGUCUAUAAGAUCCAAGAAGGUAUUGGUGACAAGGUGGGGAUGCUGAUCCAGGGUUUCACCAGCUUCGUUGCAUCCUUUGUCAUCGGUUUCACCAAAGGCUGGAAGCUCACUCUGGUCAUCCUGGCAAUAAGCCCCGUGCUUGGCAUUUCUGCUGCGCUUUUCAGUAAGGUGCUGACGUCGUUCACAAGUAAAGAGCAGACUGCAUAUGCCAAAGCUGGUGCUGUAGCAGAGGAGGUGAUCUCUUCCAUCAGAACAGUGUUUGCCUUCAGUGGUCAAGAGAAAGAAAUUGAGAGAUAUCAUAAGAAUCUGGAGGAGGCAAAGAGGGUGGGAAUAAAGAAGGCGAUCUCUUCUAAUGUUUCCAUGGGUGUCACCUUCCUGUUUAUCUACCUGUCCUAUGCUCUGGCCUUCUGGUAUGGCAGUACACUCAUCAUUGCUGACGAGUACACAAUUGGAACAUUACUCACUGUGUUCUUCGUUGUGCUUAUUGGAGCUUUUGCACUGGGACAGACCUCUCCUAACAUCGAGACCUUUGCAAAUGCUCGGGGAGCUGCACAUAAAGUGUACAACAUCAUUGAUAAUGUGCCGAGUAUCGACAGCUAUUCAGAGGAUGGCUACAAGCCCGAAUGCAUCAAAGGAGACAUAGAGUUCAAGAACAUCCACUUCAGCUACCCCUCAAGGCCAGAGAUCAAAGUCUUAAAUGGCCUGAACCUGAAUGUGAAGAGGGGGCAGACGAUUGCCUUGGUGGGAAGCAGUGGCUGUGGUAAAAGCACCACAGUCCAGCUGCUCCAGAGGUUCUAUGAUCCUCAGGAAGGAGCCGUGUUUGUUGAUGGUCACGAUAUUCGUUCUCUUAACGUCCGACACCUGAGGGAGAUGAUCGGAGUGGUGAGCCAGGAACCCAUCCUUUUCGCCACCACCAUCGCUGAGAACAUCAGAUAUGGCCGAACUGACGUGACGCAGCAGGAGAUUAUACAGGCUACCAAAGAAGCCAAUGCUUAUGACUUCAUUAUGAAGCUACCUGAUAAGUUUGAGACUCUGGUGGGAGAUCGAGGGACUCAGAUGAGCGGAGGACAGAAGCAGAGGAUCGCAAUAGCUCGAGCUUUGGUCCGCAACCCCAAAAUCCUCCUGCUGGAUGAAGCCACAUCUGCUCUCGAUGCUGAGAGUGAGACCAUCGUGCAGGCGGCACUUGACAAGGUCCGGUUGGGUCGAACCACACUGAUCGUGGCUCACCGCCUCUCAACCAUCAGAAAUGCUGAUGUCAUUGCCGGCUUCAAAGACGGCAAUGUCAUAGAGGUGGGAACUCACAGCGAGCUGAUGGAAAGAAAGGGGGUUUACCAAACACUGGUCUCCAUGCAGACCUUUCAGAAAAACGCAGAUGAGGAGGACGAGAGUGAGCAGUCUGCAGAUGAGAAGAGCCCAGGAAUCAAGUCGUUGUCGAACUCUUCGCUAUUCAAGAGGAAGAGCACAAGAGGCUCAUCCUUUGCAACUUCAGAGGGAGACAAAGAGGAAAAGGAAAAAUUAAACGGUGACAGCUCAGAGGAUGAAGAUGUUCCCCCUGUGUCGUUCCUCAAAGUGAUGGCUCUAAACACUUCAGAGUUGCCUUACAUUCUGCUGGGGACCAUUUGUGCCACCAUCAAUGGAGCAAUGCAGCCUGCGUUUGCCUUCGUCUUCUCAAAGAUCAUCAAUGUGUUUGCAGAAACAAACAAAGACAUUGUGAGGGAAAGGUCGGAGUUCUUUUCUCUCAUGUUUGUUGCUAUCGGAGGAGUUUCCUUUGUCACCAUGUUUCUUCAGGGUUUCUGUUUUGGUAAAUCUGGAGAGGUCCUCACCCUGAAGCUGAGACUCGGGGCCUUUAAGUCCAUGAUGAGACAGGAUCUGGGCUGGUUUGAUCACCCCAAAAACAGUGUUGGCGCUCUCACUACGAGACUGGCCACAGAUGCAGCCCAAGUGCAGGGGGCUGCAGGUGUGCGUAUGGCGACACUCGCCCAGAACUUCGCCAACAUGGGCACCGGUUUGAUCUUGGGCUUUGUGUACGGCUGGGAGCUGACUCUACUGCUCCUGGCUCUGGUGCCUAUUAUUGCAGUGGCUGGAGCCAUCGAGAUGAAGAUGCUCACCGGACAUGCUGCUGAAGACAAGAAGGAGCUGGAGAAGGCUGGAAAGAUUGCCACAGAGGCCAUUGAGAAUAUUCGUACUGUUGCCGGUCUCACAAGAGAAACCAAGUUUGAAGCUUUGUAUCAGGAGAACCUUCAUGUACCCUACAAGAACUCAAAGAAAAUGGCCCACAUCUACGGCCUCACCUUCUCCUUCUCCCAAGCGAUGAUCUAUUUCGCCUAUGCAGCGUGUUUCCGUUUUGGUGCUUGGCUCAUUAUGGCAGGAAGGGUCGAUGUUGAGGGUGUCUUCCUUGUGAUUUCAGCUGUUCUGUUUGGUGCCAUGGCUGUCGGACAGGCCAACUCUUUCGCUCCAAAUUAUGCAAAAGCCAAAAUGUCAGCUGCCCACCUCAUGAUGCUGUUGAACAAAGAGCCUGCCAUUGAUAAUCUGUCAAAGGAGGGAGAGCAGCCGAACCAAUUUGAUGGUAAUGUGACCUUUGAGAGGGUUAAGUUUAACUAUCCGUCGCGCCCUGACGUGUCCAUCCUGCAAGGGCUGAAUCUGAGUGUGAAGAAGGGAGAGACUCUGGCCUUGGUGGGCAGCAGCGGCUGUGGGAAGAGCACCACCAUCCAGCUGCUGGAGAGGUUCUACGACCCCAUAGAUGGGAGAGUGUUGUUGGACAAAUCAGAUGCCAAAGACCUGAACAUCCACUGGCUGAGAUCCCAGAUAGGCAUUGUGUCGCAGGAGCCUGUGCUAUUCGACUGCACCUUGGCUGAAAACAUUGCCUAUGGAGACAACAGCCGUGAAGUCAGCAUGGAUGAGAUAGAGGCGGUGGCUAAAGCGGCCAAUAUUCACAACUUCAUAGAUGGUUUGCCACUGAGGUACAACACACAGGCAGGCGAUAAGGGGACCCAGCUGUCAGGUGGUCAGAAGCAGCGGAUAGCCAUAGCCCGAGCCAUCCUCCGUAACCCCAAACUGCUGCUGCUGGAUGAGGCUACUUCUGCGCUCGACACUGAGAGCGAGAGGGUGGUGCAGGAGGCUCUGGACCAGGCCAGCAAAGGCAGGACGUGCAUCAUCGUAGCCCACCGUCUGUCCACCAUCCAAAACGCAGACCGCAUCGCUGUAUUCCAGGGAGGAGUCGUGGCCGAGGAGGGGACGCAUCAGCAGCUGCUGGCAAAGAAGGGAGUCUACUACAUGCUUGUCAACAAACAGAUGGGACACAGCGAUGAAUAACCCACGCCCUUGUGUCCAUAAUCUUUACAUUUCUAUAGGCCUGGAUUAAGCACUGUUGGCUUGUAUCAUCAUUCCACACAUGCAAAUUCAGACAGCUGAGGACUGAAAGUGUUGACUGCAUUCUGUGAAUUAAAACUAUUCAAUUCAAUUUAAUUUAUAUACCACAAAAUCACAUCAAGGUGCUUUAUAUCACAAGGUAAAGAUCAUCAUACAAUAACACAGAGGAAAGCUUCCAACAAUCAGAUGACUGAGCACUUGGCAACAGUGGGAAGGAAAAACUCGCUCUCAACAGGAAGAAGCAUCCAGCAGAACCAGGCUCGGGGAGGGGCAGCCAUCUGUUGUGUCUCAUUGGGGGGGUGGGAGACAGAGUAAAAUACGCACUGUGAAAGAGCGAGCGAUUAACACCUAAUGAUUAGAGUGGUGUAUAAAAAUGUAUAAAUUCUGAUUUCUGAUUGGCUGUCACUUUGACGUGCCCUUUCCACAAGAGAUAAUUGGCAUGUGUGUUGGGAAAAUGUAGGUGCAAAUUGUGAAACUGAUUCAACUGCUUGCUCACAUUCAUGGGAUAGUUUGACUGAUACACUGUAUGUACUUUUCCUGCUUGGUGAAACAGCAGAUUUGGCUUUUUGAAAAGCCCUUUUUUUGCUGUUUAAACAUGAAAAGUGACUCUUUUUUUGGGAGGGGGGGGGGGAUGUUUUGUUUUGUUUUUUAUCAUCAGACUGGGAUUUUAAAAAUGCCUUCAUUACUUUUUUUUAUGGGCUGAACAUGUAAAUGCAAAGACCAGUCCUCUUUGUUUAUGCACUGUGGUUUUAUGCCUCUGAUGAUGGGAUCAUCACUCCUGUCUGGAACAGUUUUGGACCAAAUCUUUAAUACUUGCAUUUACUUACUUACUUGCGUAAGUUAUGACUCAGUUCAGCUUCUUAGACUGAGUUAGAGGACCAGCAGUUUAAGCUGUGCAAAUGAUAAUUCUCAAUUCCACACUUUCUGUGGAAUUCACUAAAUUUAAUUCCGCUUCUGUUUCUGUGCUUCUUUGAGACUAUUAAUAUUUUAUAAUCAAAUAAAGGUAAUAAAAGCAAGUGUGGACAUCUUCCAACUUUAUUCUCAGAACAUUCAAACUAAACUAAAAAGCCACUUUUUCCCCUCAAAGUGGUAUAAUCACAGUGAUAGUC